GAACAGUGGCCUGGAACGCUCGCUGCGGCUCGCGGUUGGUAGCUGAUUGGAAGCCGCACGUUAUCUUGAAAGUAUUGGAUUCGUAAACGGAAACGCAAGGCUAAUUAUCACUCGAUAAGGCAGUGAAACUGCUAUAAUGGCGAUUUGUGUCAGUGCGCAAUCAUAUUCGUUGUGAUGAAGUGAUUCGUGUAUUGUGCGAGUAAGUGAACAAAGUGUACGAUGUGGGGAGCCGCAGUGUCCAAUCCGCCACAUUAUCAUUAUGUGCAAGGGCCUGGCGGUCCCGUGCCACAAGCGGGUCCCGGUGGACCUGUAUUGACCGGGCCAAACGCCCGACACCUCCGUCCGCAGUCUUCGUACUCGUUACCACAUGGCAGUAACGGACCCUCUCGUUGGGGUUGGUCUGGUAGUCAUGCGUCGUCGUUUGAUCGAAGACAGUUAAAGGUGCCCCCGCAACCUGCUCGCCCUGCGCCUAUUCGACCUUCGCACAGCAAGAACGCUGCCGCAAGUAAGGUCGACCCCGAGCUGAUCUUCACAAAACAGGAGAAGAUCGGCAAGGGCUCGUUCGGCGAAGUGUUCAAGGGCGUAGACAACAGAACACAGCAGGUUGUUGCCAUCAAGAUCAUCGACUUAGAAGAAGCUGAAGAUGAAAUCGAAGACAUACAGCAGGAGAUUAUGGUGCUAUCACAGUGCGAUAGCCCAUACGUCACUAAAUACUAUGGAUCAUACUUAAAGGGGACGAAACUAUGGAUCAUAAUGGAGUAUCUUGGCGGGGGUUCGGCGCUGGACCUGAUGAAGGCCGGCAGCUUCGAAGAGAUGCAUAUAGCCGUGAUCCUCCGGGAGGUCCUGCGAGGGCUCGACUACUUGCACUCAGAGAGGAAGCUCCACAGGGACAUCAAAGCCGCGAAUGUGUUGCUCAGCGAAAUGGGUGACGUCAAACUGGCGGAUUUCGGUGUCGCCGGCCAGUUAACGAACACGACGAGCAAGCGCAACACAUUCGUUGGCACGCCCUUCUGGAUGGCACCAGAGGUCAUCAAACAGUCCUGCUACGACAGCAAGGCAGACAUCUGGUCACUAGGCAUCACCGCCAUAGAACUAGCCAAGGGCGAACCCCCCAACUCGGAACUCCACCCCAUGAGGGUACUGUUCCUCAUACCCAAAAACAACCCCCCACAACUAACAGGGAGCUAUUCCAAACCGUUCAAAGAAUUCGUCGAAGCGUGCCUCAAUAAGGACCCGGAAAACAGACCGACAGCAAAGGAACUGCUAAAGUUCCAGUUCAUCCGAAAGGCUAAGAAGAAUUCGUAUCUAAUGGAUCUUAUAGAUAGGUAUAAGAAGUGGAAGGCGCAACGCAGCGAGGAGAGCGAGACGGAAUCGGAGAACUCAGAUUCUGAGGAAUGCAGCCGCGGCGACGGCGAGGCAGACGAGCCGUGGAUCAUGACGGUGCGCGGCGGCGCGGCGGCGCGCGCGCUGCAGCAGCAGCCCGCCAUACACGCCACGCACGCCGCACACGCGCCGCACGCCACACACGUGCAGCACACGCCGCAUGUGCCGCACACGCCGCACACGCCGCCUGAACACGAUAAUAAACGCCGCAUGAUGGAUGAACCUGCGAUCCCGUCGCCCACGUCCCCGACGGCGCCGAAGCAGAACGGCGCCCUGAGCGCGCGCGCCGACGAGCCCGCGCCCGACAACCACGCCGCCGCGCCGCCGCUCAACAACAACACCCACGACAAGCAGCCGCCCCGCCAGUCCCCCGCCACGCAGCCCGCAGUGGAGCGCAACUCCAAGGAGCGCGAGCGCAACGACCGCGACGAUAGGAAGGAGCGCACUGAUCACGCGCCUUCAAAUCGGGACACUGUAGGUUAUAAUAAAGCCGCUUCCCCGUUGGACCACAGAGGAGCCAACAGUGAGGAGAAAGUGCGGAGGCACCCUUACCUGCAACAGCUCAUCUAUCCACUACUCAAUGAGCUGUCCCGCAAGCACGGCGCGGGCAGCGCCGCCGCCAUCGAGGAGCUGCGCCGCGCCUUCGAGCACGCCGAGCGCGCCGCGCCGCACCUCACGCGGGCCUUCGUGCAGCAGGUGGUACAGCGAGUGGCGACACAGUCCCACCAGCCGUCCCCGCCCGCACACAACACCUCGCAACAGUGGAUGAGGUAGGGACGUAUAAUGCGAGCGCCGACGCCGCGGCUGCACCGCGCCGCAGUCACGGGGAACUACACAUUCUGCAUGACUUGUAUAACUUUACCGCCACGUAACUACGUUACGAACACUUUAAUCUAUACUCUUUUUGAACAAUUGUAUACUUAUACAAUUAUACAACAGACAACUCGAUGCAUAUAAACAAACAUAAAGACGAAAACAUAAUUUUCAACAUCCCUAAUCUAAACCAAGUUCCUAUCCUAUACAUUGAAAACGAUACAUUGAUUGGCGUAUCUUAUUAUGUGAUUAUAAAUAUUCUUAAAUGCAUGUCUAAUCUUAUUAAAUUGAUGUCCAAUUGUAUUUUAUAUCGUAUCGACGAAAAAAUAUUCGAAUGUAAAGGCAUUAUUGCAUCCUUUAAAGAUUUUCUCAUUUGAUUUUGUCUUGUGUAUCGUCAAUAAUUGCAGAAUAUCAGGAUGUGGUCGCGUGUAGCCGCAACCGAGUCACAAAACGCAAUGCCAUAGUGUAAUAAAUAAAAAUUAUUACGUAAUGAAUACUUAAGAUGAUUUUGUUUUAUCAUAUUUUAUAUCAUGUGCAUUAUUGUGUAAAUAUCAUCUUAGGUCCCGUUGCAAUUACUUUGUGUACCAUGGCCGAGAGUUGUCGGCGAUACUGCUGCGUAUACUAAAAAAUCAAAUAUAACGAAACUAAAGCAAAUUUUCUUAUAUCUCUUAGACAUUUUCAAGACUUUAGUUUUGUUAUAUCUGCCGCCAUGUACGCAAUAUUUUAUACGUUGUUUUUGUUUAGCGCGUCACUAUAAUAGUUGUUUUGAUCAUGUUACAUACAUGAUCGCCAUGUUAGGUUCCGCUCCAGGUGCAGGCGCGGUCGCGGGCGCAGCCGCCGCUAGUUCGGUAUUGGAUCUUCGUAACUUAUAUAAAUAUUCGUGGAGAGCUGUUCGCUACACUUCGCCAAUAUUUUGCCAUAAUUUUUUUCUAAAAUUAUUUUUUACUAACACGAGUUUGUGUAGGGGAGUCUGAAUGUGAUCGGCGUCUAAAUUCUAACGUAUUUAUGUGCUUUAGAAAUUUGAUGUUCUGAAACAUGAUGUAGAAAGUGUUUUAUAAGUUUCUUUAGUGUCAUUCCAGACAAAAGACAAUAUUGUCAGCAUUUAUAGAUUAUUGUUUGAUCUUAGUUCUGAUGUCAUUGUGGAGUUUAACAUCUGUGAACUGUCCGUAUAUAAAAUUUGUUAUUAAUUCUGGUAGUUUAGUUUGAAUCUUAGAUUUAGUUGUGGUUACUUAUCGUUUGGAAUAAAUAGUGACUAAUGUUGAGUUGUAAAACAGUAAUGUCGGAUCACUGUAGCAGAGUUAUCAUAUAUACGGUAUGGCGAUCGAGGAGGGGGUAAAGUAUUUUGUGAAUAAAGUAUUCGGGCACCAACGACCACUCGGUGCCGGUAUAAAUAAAAACAUGCUUAAUAUGCGACAAUAUUUAGCAAUCGGGAGUAUAUAGAGUAUAUUAUUAUGAAGACUACAAACAAUUAUUAUUGCUGUGUAAAAAUGUAAACCUAUUAUAAAUGUGUAAAUUGUGUAGUAUAAUAUAAAGAAAGCUGUUUUAUGAAGUGUUCUUAUAAGCAUAUGGAGAGUAGUUAUUGUCUUUCCAAUGAGCUCCGUGUGCGGGCGGGCGCGCGGCCGGCGUCCGCUGGCGCCCGCCCGCCACACCUGCCUUGUGUUUUGUUUUGCCAUGUCACACGACCAUGGCCGAUGUUACGUUGAUUUCGAUGGAGGAUCAAAAAUUAUUUUUCCACUUGAUCGUAUUAUAGAUGGUAAUAAAGGCGUGUAGUGUUAGAGGUGGGCGAUAAUUGUUGAUUAUUGAUUAAAUUAGGUGUUUGUGGCAUUGGAUCGUAGUUGAGACGCGUCGACAUCUGCGAGCCGGAUGCACGGUGGGUUACAUCAGCCAUUAUGUCAGCCACAUUUCACCCACUGUGCAUUAACACCACUCCGUAGAGGACUAGUUGUUGUUGACUUGAAGGGUUGAUCGUUCAGGAUCGCGCCGUUUGGUUCAUGGGUAUUUGUGAUCAUAAUUGCAUAGUUAAUAAAAUUAAAUCUAUAUUAUUAUAAUAAAAGUCUGUAUUGAAACCGGUAGUAGAUAUCUAUGUAGUUCUGUUGCGUUGUGCGGCACGUUUCUGACUUGGAUUGUUGAGGUGACGACUGACAGGACAUUCUGCUCAUUGCCAAUAUUCGCUCGUUAUGCUAACAUGCAAAUAUUCUGUUUGUAACGUGCUCACAUCGAGCGAAUAUUCAUGUCAGUCACUUCCUAUAUACACACAAUUUUCGCUGUGAGAUACGAUAUACACUAAAUACAUCGACUGCGAUGUUCAGCACAUGUUUAGUGCACACAUGUGCAUCUGUUCUCAGAAACGUGCCGCGCAGAACAACAUGGUAAUGAAUAAAAGUAUAAUAAUUCACCGGACCCACUCGCACCAGCGUACCACCACGACGCGUACCAUUAGUGUAUGGUCAUAAUGUUACUGCGUCAUUCUAACACGUUUAUGUAGGAAAGAAAUUGACUCUGAAAUAAAAGAAGUUAUUUAAUUUUGGAA